AUGAAUUCUUUCGAUUCUGUUGGAAGUAGUGCUUUUCACUCAUUUUCAAGUGCGGAAACACCUACUGUGUCAGCAGAAGAACACGACUGCACAAUACUGUCGGUGAGCGCUGCCGACGACAAUUGUGGGGUCGAAAAUUCUUUUUUCAAAGAAGGACCCUCAAUGGAAAUAGGCAUCGAUCAGUCAAGUGCUGAGAUGGUCUUCAAUAACCAAGUCAAUUCUUAUUGUAAAACAGAAGAUCGCAAUCGCCACGAGACAUCUGCUGCAGUUAGAGAGGAAGUUGAAAGAACAACAGCGAAAGAUGUGCUAAAGAAGACAACAAUUCUCAAAAAGCGCGCAAAUGUUGUUGAAUCUGCUGCUUCAAUUGAAGGCACCGGGGAAAGCAUAGAUGACACGUCCAAGACAAUGGAGCUUCGAAACGCGACUGAAACGCUAAAUUCUUCUGCCACUGUAGGGAAAAAGGAACAGACAGAGAAUGAUUCUAGAUUUUCAACAACCACCGAGGAAAGGAAGCGUUUGCAGGAUGCGAAGGGGGCGGAAAUAAGGAGUUCAAUGGUAAAGAAAGAUGCUGCUAAGCUCGAGAACACUUCUGCUGACGUCCAAGACAGCAAGAUGCAGAAUAUGAUUGAAGACAAUACCCUCUUAGAGCAGGCUGCAGGUGAACUUGUCGGUACAAAGACGGGAGAUGAUCGAGUACCUGUUGGCAAGGAAGAAGGCGCGUCAAAAUCGAAAAUGAGCCAGAAGAGCACAGACAUGAAAAUGACGGAAUCUUCGCUCGGAGCGAAGUCUAAGAAAGCUUCGGUCAAAGAAGAAAAAAUAACGAAGAUGCCAUCAAAAAGCCCCAAAGUAGAGGUAGAACAUGACAAUGGAGUGGAAGCCAGUGUUCCUCAGCUCAAGAAGCAGGAAGAAGCAAGUGGUGUGCAAGAUGAUGUUGCUCAAUCCGUAAAU